AUGGCUGACGCUGACUACGAUCCCGAGGCCGCAGCUGCCCUUAAGGCCAAGAGGGCGUUCCGCAAGUUCUCUUACCGCGGCGUUGACCUCGACCAGCUCCUCGACCUCGGCUCUGAGGAACUCCGCGACCUCGUCCACGCCCGUGCCCGCCGCAGGUUCAACCGUGGUCUUAAGCGCAAGCCCAUGGGUCUCAUCAAGAAGCUCAGGAAGUCCAAGCAGGAGGCCAAGCCCAACGAGAAGCCCGACCUCGUCAAGACCCACCUCCGUGACAUGAUUGUCGUCCCCGAGAUGAUCGGCUCCGUCAUCGGUGUCUACUCCGGAAAGGAGUUCAACCAGGUCGAAAUCAAGCCCGAGAUGGUCGGCCACUACCUCGCCGAGUUCUCCAUUUCAUACAGGCCCGUCAAGCACGGAAGGCCGGGUAUUGGUGCCACUCACUCCUCCCGUUUCAUUCCUCUCAAGUAA